AUGGCAGAAAAGCGGGUAAGAGUUUACAGGAUCGUAGCAACAACUGCUGUUCCUUCAUAAAGUUUCAUUUUUACGAUGGAUAGUGAGCAAAAUUUCAAAUCGUUAGCUAGUUCAUCAAUGCUUUUAAACCACACUACAAGAAAUAAAAGCUUGGUGUCAUCAUCCUGAUUACGGAUAUAAAAUAAACCUUCCUAGCAGACAGAGAGUUUACGUAAACAAUGACUGUUGUAAAAAUUUUACCGCUUUGCUUAUAAUGCAAGCUGUACUAAUUAGGCUUUAAAGAAGCACUCAAGCGGGGUAAUAUCUCGACCUGAAUUAACAAUUAUAGUGCUGCCGUUCCCUUAUCUAUUGACGGAGAUCUUAAAACGACAUUAUUCAAUUGGAAGGUGCCUAACAUGCACAGUGUAGCUUAUACCCUGUGAUACAAUUAAGAAUUUUUCAUGUCUGUAGUCUUUUUUCAAUGAUUUGCGUCUGUUACUUAUUCCGGCCACUUUUUGUAUUUCUCUUAGAUAUGUGUUAUAAGCGAAGUUAUUAAGUACGUAAAAUAAAGACGAAUAUAAGAUAUAAUAUGAUAACAGGUUCAACAUGAUGUUUGUGAAUGGGUAGAUUACACAAUCAACGUGUAUAGAUUUGCAUCUUGCUAUACAACUUCUGGAUAGAAACGUUUGCAAAAGAUUUAUUACGCUUCUUUUAGGACAACGAAGAAGGGCAAGACAAGGAAGAGAAAACUCCCAAGUGAGAAGUAAAAAAAAUCUACCGUAUAAAAUCACUGAUACCAUCAACAGACACUGCAAAGGGAAUUAUUGGGCUCACAAAGUUUUUCUGUAGGCAGCCGUUAAGUAUCAAAGUGGGCCCGUGUUGGUUUUAUUUGGGAACUCUUCGAGGCCUCUUACAUUUCGGUGACAUCUUAGAUAUGGAUUAAGCUCUGCCUGUGUCAAAAACAUGAACGUAUCCCCUGUUCCUAAAGUUUUAACAACGGUAAAAAUAAAUGAACAUCGCUAAAGAUCUUUCUUUUUGGAACAAAAACUGAAAAGAGGAAACUGAGCCGCUGCCUCUUUCAAAUACCAAUUUAAAACCCCAAAUACAGUCAAACCCCGUCAACACGGACACUGAGGGGGCCAUAGAAAGUGUUCGUAUUAGGCGGCUUAAAUUUAGACAAACUAUGAGGGCUUUCGUUCCCCAGGGACAAAGCAAACUGUCCAUAAUAAUGAGGGGUUCCGUAUUAAGCGAGUGUCCGAAAAGGGGGAUUUGAAAGUAAGCGAUAAGUGAAUCAACAGAAAUGAAGAGCGGAUUAAGUUUUUAAGAGAGCUAAAACAUUUUUUUAAAAAAGGCUGCUAACGCCAGACCUACGGAGAUAACAUUGAUCGAAUACUGUGAAGCAAUGCAAAACCAAAACAAACGCCAAAUGACUUUUGGCAAAUAACAGGAAAGGACUGCAUCGUUCAGUGUCCUAGGAUCACUGAAAGAUGCGGCAUUAUUCUUCAACUUUUAGCAGUUUUACCAGUUUGAAAUUAUUAAGAAAGAAAUUUUAGUUUCAGAUAGAGGAUAACCUCAAGUAUGUUAUGACCCACGCCCAAAAAUGUUACGAUCAUUAGUGAGAAAGCUCAUCGCUGUAAAUACACCUAGAGCGAAGCCAUCAUUUUAAAGUUGACAACCAUUCGUAACGAUCGUAGUCACUCAUUACGACACCAGUUCUACCUUAUAUAAGUUUGGCAAUUUCUGAAGGCCUCCUCGCCAUCGUUUUCAGUUUAUGUUGCUGUUCUAUACAUUUCUCUGCCCAAUUUACCUAAAUGAGUUUCAAACGUUUCGCAAAUAUAAUUUAUUUUACUCAACUGUACUCCUUUCAUUUCUUCUUUAAUAAGUGGUAAAAUAAGUAGGGGAUUCAAGGAAAAUGAGAAAACAAUUGAAUGGAUGAAUUAAUUAAUAAAAGCUCUUCAGAAAUCAACCUGAUACAGAUGUAGAAAACAAGACAAUGCAAAAUUUACUUACUUUACCUUAAUGAUAUGCUCUUGAUAGUGAGAAUGAUGUGAGUGAAACUGCUCAAGACCUCCAAGCUGUUUCUAAUCCUGGCCACCUUGAAAUAUCUUCCCCUGAGGUAAACGUUAUAGUUGUCUUUCUUGAAAUAUGCAUGACACCUGACAUGGCAUUCUGGUUAAUCUUGAUAUCUGAAGAAAGCAAUGUUGAAUGAAAAUGACCCUUUGCACAGCAUACUUUUAAUGCACAUCUACAAUCAGUGAAACUCAAUUUGGGUCACGCUGCUCCGAUACCUGUCUGUCUCUCUUCCAACGUUGUUUUGUAAUGGUUUUUCGGUGGAAUUGUCCAAGUUCGUGGCCAACAUUGAGGGGAAAAGGAAAAGGAGGUCGAGCACAACAUGUCAACGUUAUUCCUUCAAUUGACCCAAGUUCUAAUGUCACAGAUUAUAGCUGCGAGAAAAAUUGCUACACUUAAUGAACUUACACAAAACGAUGAUGUUCAUGUGACAUGCCAACACCUACCCCGCAAUUUUUACGCUUUUAAAAUCGUACUUGAAUUUUGGUUACAAACACUGCUUUCAUACUAAAAAGGGCAUUUAUGUAUCACUUGCUGAGAAUGUGUUUAUUUAAAUAUAAGUGAGUUUUUUUUCCUCAUAGCGGCAAUACACGGAUGGAGGGCGUUUGGUGCAACAAUGUACUGACACCGGGGGAGGACAUAACCCUGUUUGGUAAGCACUGUUCCCAGCUGUUAAUUUGCCAACCACCAAUCAAUAAUGAAUCAAAGCGCCAAUUAAUGUAAUAUCAAAAACAACUUAUUUUUUUCAAUCAUAACCAUUCUGUAUCUCUGCAUCACCUUUCUUUUAGCUUCACGAAAUCCUCAAAAGGGAUAUUUUGGUAACCCUGCUGACCAUCAUGUCUACCGAUUGCUUUACAAGUUGUGAGAAGUUAAUCUUUUUGACGUAUGAGUCGGGGAUAUUCGACCAUAGAAAAGGAGUCAAAUGACAUAUUUUACGUGUCCUCCAGUUGGAAAAAUUCAGGAUCCUUUCAUUCGAACUGCAAACUAACCUUAGAGCUCACUCCUUUUUGUCAAUUUACCUUCCACAAAAUUUGCAGAUCAUAGGAGUGUAAUUUAAUGCAAGAAAUGCAGAAAGCUCUACCCACUUCAGUGGAUUUAACUGAUUUCAAAAAACUAACCGCUUUGAAUUUCUUUUCUUCCAGCGGUAAAGCAUGUCUACAAGUCCCUACUGGGCCAGGGGUAAGAGUAACAAAGCUAGGCAAUUAACUUUUUUUAUCAAAUCUCGGCUACAACAUAAUAUCUUAACAUUAAGCUGAUUUUGCUGACUUGAUUUGGCCAAGCAAACACACGAUUGUGUGUGAUACAUAGUGGAUAUCGAACAGGAAUUAUCAUUUUUACAAAUUUUCUUAAAUCGUUAGACAGUAGUGUUUUAAAAAAAUGUGCGUACAUCUAAAUCCAGCAUAUAUACUAAUAAAAAAAAUUGGGCGAGGAACUAGACUGGAGUUGAACAAAAUGAAACUGAGAUGACUUGGUAACAUAAACAGCUCAAGCUAAUGUAGUUUUCUUUUAUAUCUCCCACAGGAAAAUCAGCACACUGAUGUUGCUGUGUUUAUCAUCUUAAUCAUUCUCUUGUUUUAUGUCUCUUAA